GUCACAACACCGUGUGUGUGUGUGUGUGUUGCUCUCCAGAGAGGUUAGCUUAGCAUAGCUUAGUUUAGCUUAGCUUAGCCUCUCGUAGCCUCGCAGCUCCCAGCCGCAGCUCUGCCCUCGGACCGGGGCUGGGCGGUUAUGUUUGCCGGAGACAGGACCGUACGCGGAGGCUUGCGCACCACCGACCCAUGGCGGCCGAAAUCCAGCCCCAGCCGCAGGCUCGGAAGCCGUGUCUGCUGAGCAAGAUCGAGGCUUUCCAGGAGGUCGUGAGCACGGCGGUCAUCAUCCCCAAAGAAGACGGCGUGAUCAGCGUGUCCGAGGACAGGGCUAUUCGAGUAUGGCUGAAGAGAGACAGUGGUCAGUACUGGCCCAGUGUCUACCACACAAUGCCAUCGUCAUGCUCCUGUAUGUCCUUUAACCCAGAAACCAGGAGGCUGUCGGUGGGGAUGGACACCGGGAGUAUCUGUGAAUUCAUCCUGUCAGAGGACUACAACAAGAUCACCCCUGCACGCACCUACCAGGCGCACCAGGGCAGAGUGACGGUGGUGCUGUUUGUGUUGGAGAUGGAGUGGCUCCUGAGCACCGGCCAGGACAAAAACUUCACCUGGCACUGCUCGGAGAGCGGGCAGCAGCUGGGGACAUACCGCACGACCGCCUGGGUUUCUGGACUACAGUUCGACGUGGAGACCAGACACGCCUUCGUAGGGGACCAGUCCGGUCAGGUGACCAUCCUGAAGCUGGAGCAGGACAGCUGCAGCCUGGUCACCACCUUCAAGGGACACACUGGUAAUGUGACGGCACUGAGCUGGGACCCGGUCCAGAGGGUGCUGUUCUCUGGCAGCUCCGACCACUCCAUCAUCAUGUGGGACAUCGGAGGGCGAAAAGGAACGGCCAUUGAACUGCAAGGACACAACGACAAGGUUCAGGGAUUGUGCUACGCCUCACACACUCGUCAGCUCAUCUCCUGCAGCUCAGAUGGAGGCAUCGUCAUCUGGAACAUGGACGUAACGAGACAAGAGACUCCGGAGUGGCUCGACAGUGACUCGUGUCAGAAGUGUGAGCAGCCUUUCUUCUGGAACUUCAAACAGAUGUGGGACAGUAAGAAGAUCGGCCUACGACAGCAUCACUGUAGGAAGUGUGGCCAAGCCGUGUGCGGCAAGUGUUCGUCCAAACGCUCCACCAUCCCCCUCAUGGGCUUCGAGUUCGAGGUGCGUGUGUGUGACAGCUGCCACGAGUCCAUCACCGACGAGGACCGAGCGCCCACAGCCACCUUCCACGACAGCAAGCACAGCAUUGUUUACAUGCACUAUGAGCCCACCACUGGAAAUCUGCUCACCUCUGGCACUGACAAGGUUAUCAAGCUGUGGGACAUGACUCCUGUGGUGUCCUGAGGUCUGCGCACACGCGGCAGCAGUCAGCGGGAAACCUCUGUUCACCAGACUGUGAGUGCUUAACGGAAACAUCUGCACUCGGAGGAGAAAGAGAUCGGCGUAUUCAACAGUAUCGACGUCAUCCAGAUAAUGUUUAACAGUUACUCAACAACAACGUGUUCAGAGUGAGGACGCUGCAGGGAGCGGUGGAGUCUGGGAUCAGCACAGGCCUCAGCUCACAUACAGUUGUGGGUGUUUGUUUUGUGUGUCUGUGUGUUUGUCUGUGCUGUCUGAGUGUGUAUGUGUGUGUGUGUGUGUGUGUGUGUGUGGGAAUGAGAUGUUUGACUUUGUGAGCAGUUGACACACUUUAUUUGCUUAGUUUUCAUGCAUUCCUUUCCACGUCUCAUGCUGGAAAACUUACCAUACAAGUUUCUGCACCGCGGUCAGCGUUUCCCCCUCGAACCAAACCCGACGUGUGAAGCUCUUCGUGGAACUGGACCCCAACUCAAUGACAGAUUCAAUCCCACGUUUAGCCGGCGGCUGAUUCUCCUCAAGGGGGAGCUGUGUGAUCAUUGUCAAACCUCGUUAACGCUCAGCACCCUGCACCGCCCACAGGAAAGCAAAGUAACAGCAGCAGUGAAGACUUGCAAACCGUGUCCUCUUCAUGCAAAUGUUAAGUUUUAGUGAAGUAAUUCCAUUUAACAAUUGUUUACACUUCUAAACACUUGUGUUUAUCACACAAACAUAUUUUUUCGUGGUUUAGAUUGAAAUUAAAAAACCUGUAAACAAACGGACACAAGCAUCAACACUGCAGGAGCUGUUUCCUUCCUUGCCUGUAGAUGGUGCUACUGAGAAUAAUGACAGUAUACGAGGUUAGCUCACGACGACGGACGCUGACAGGAUUUCGGACGAUGUCGUGGUUGUCUGUUAGGUUCUGUCAUCUGUAAAUUAUUGAAUCAAAACGCUUCUUGAUCUCUGAUCGCUGAUUAUCUCUCUUUUGCGAUUAUUUAUUAUUUCAAGCUUAAAUAUUUCUAACAUCCAAACGCACAUAUCGUCAAAAACCAAUCAGAGGCAGCACUUAAAUACUUUACAUGUGAAAAGACUGACAGGAAACUCGUGAACAUGGUUUACUCUCGUUUUGUUCUCAUCAUUACUGUUUUUCUUUUGUCACUUUAUUUACUGUAAAUUAAUUGUUAUGUCAAUGCACUGGAAUCAAGAGGUAAAAUGUUAUAAACCAAUGCUGUGAAGAUGAAAUAUUCCUUUUUAAAUCACUUUUGUGCUUUAAUGGUCAGAUGGUAAUUAAGUUGAAUUAACUCCGCUUAAUUUUUGUUUCCAAAGAUGUUUGAAAAUAAGGUUUGUGUCCGAUGACUUCGAAGUAUUUUCUCCAACAAGAGAGGAAAGAGAAAAGGUUGUUGAGUGUUUGAUAGCUCCGCAUGAAGGUACAUUUACAGCAGCUAUUAAACUCGUCAAUGUGAGCCUGAGGUUUUCUGAGGUUCCAGCUCCUAAACUACAAGUGUAAUUUGCUUCCAGUGUUUUCUAAUGCACCAUAAACGUCUGUUGAUAAUCGUUGCUGCCUGGUAAUAAUGUCCCAACUGCUUGUUCUGAAAAGGAAAAACCAGUGAUCAUGUUCCAGUUUCUGUGAUUUAAAGCAGAAUCACUGGUGUUUUCAUUAAACCCAGAAAACUACAGACACGAAAUAAUGAAAUAAAAAAAUCCCUAACUUCUGCUGCAGUCGAAAGAAACUGAUCUGAGGCCAGUUGUGAUCAUUAAUGUAACUGUGUGUAUGAAUAAUAUAUUAAAAGAGCAGGUAUUUACCGACUCGACUGAA